GUGCUGGUCAUCAAAGAGGAGGUGCCGUGGAGCUCCAGUGUGGACAUAAAGAAGGAGGAGGAGGACCUCUGGAGCAGUCCGGGGGGGGGGCAGCAGGACCUCCCGUUCACUGUCGUAACCGUGAAGGCCGAGGAGGAGGAGGAAGAGGAGGGAGCCCCGCCCCCCCGCCUUCACCAGACCGAAGGCAGCAGAGAGGCAGCAGAACAGACUGGGGCUGACGGGGACCCCUGGGGAGGACCAGAACCAGAACCAGGACCAGAACCAGGACCAGAACCAGGACCAGCCGGAGACCCGGAUCCAAGCAGCAGUUUGCAGCAAAACGCGGAUGAAAAGGAGUUUUGCGAAACUGAAGUCAGUCUCGGGGAGGACGAUCGGGACUGGUCGGAUUCUGGAUCUGAAAACGGGGCCAAUUCAGAUUCAGAAGACAGUGAGUCUGAUUGGAGGGAGACUAGAGCACAGGAGGCAAGUGUAGAUAAUGAUGUAAGCCAGAAGACUGCCAAAAAGUCCUUCAGUUGCUCUGAAUGU